AUGUGUAAAAAAGUCUAUGUAAUAAAUGUUACUUUACUAGACGGUCUCCAAUUCUACGCCGGUAUAGAGCGCUAUGACCCGACGGUGUGCGACACGGAGCGCUGGGCCGCCGCCAGCGCCGCCACGCUGCAGCGCUCGCAGUCCGAGCGCGCUAAAGCUGUGCAGAUGCUCUCGGAUGCUGAGAAUCUAAUCAACGUAUCUGCAACGGAGAUAUGGGACCAGUGGAGCAACACGAACAGCUCCUUCACGCGGCGUAUCGCCGAAACUAUCGAGAUAAAGAACAAGUUGCAACUACAUUUGCAUAAGAUUCAGCAAGAAAUGUUCGACGUAGAAAAGACUUUGGAGUUGCUGAAUAAAGCUAUAGAAGACAAGUUGCAGCCGAUGAAAGUGGCGCACACGAGGCUUCAGGCGCGCACCAACAGACCGCAUCUGGAGAAAUGUCGUGACGAAGCCCAGCAUAGACUCGUGAAAGAAGUAUGCGAUCUCCAAGAAACCAUGGAAACUCUCCGAUCCAAGAUAGCCCGAGCGGAGGGCACGCACCAGACGCUGCUGGGCGUGCGCGCCAGCCUCGAAGCCGAGCUGCGCAACAAGACCACCACGCUGUUCAUCGACCGCGACCAGUGCAUGGGCCUGCGCAGGGGCUACCCCGUCACUGCCGCUAUCAAAUCU